AUGAGCGUCGCACGACCGGCGCGCACCCUCCUCGGCAGGUGCCUCGCCUCGUCCCGAACAACCACCACCACCCUCCCCGCCGUCCCAUGCCACCAGUUCCAUAGCUCUGCUCCCCGCUCGAAGCGGAGGUCAAGGUUCCGCAAUGUCACGGCGGAGGAGCUGGGACUGCUCAGCAAGCCCGAGAAGAUGGACCAGUACAAGAAGGAGCGCUUUGCCGAGUACACGCCCGAGGAGAAGGACCUGCUCAAGGGCCACUACUCCAAGCAGCAGAUGGAGGCCAUCGAGGCGGGCGAGAAGGCCGUCGACGCCGAGGACAUGGUCAUCCAGGGUCGGUUACGUGACGAUCCCUACAAGCCCGAGUACAUCGAGGACUACACCGUGCUCGACCCCCGCUACGACCUCAAGCCCGAGAUCGAGGGCACCCCGAGGGAGGUGCAGUGGCCCAGCACCAGCGAGUGGAUCGACAACUACGGCCAGAAGAUGAGGAGCAUCACCGACAAGAAGACGAGCGACCAGCUCACCCGGGCCAUGGUCCGGGCGCUGCGGCGCGUCAAGGAGAGCCAGGGCGAGGACCUGAUAGAUCUGACCGAGGCGGAGCUCCAGGAUAUGGAGAGGGAUCCGGAGCUGGCCAAGCGCUACAUCAUCGAGGAGGACGGUCCCGAGCCUGACGCCAACUCAAAGGGUCCCGAGUUUAUGACACGCGCUCAGGCCAUGAAGGCUGAUGAGGCCGUCGACGAGGCCUGGAAGCAGGAGCUCGACAAGAUCGUCGGCUUCGGUAGCCAGGGUGAGGUUGAACCCUCGAGCAUUGAGCUCAUCGAGGACGGACCUGCGGGUAUUGACCGGGCCCACUCGGCCGAGGCCGCCGACCUGGGCAAGGUUCCCGGCGUUCACGGCCUGUACAAGCACGCCGUCGACCCGGAGGACCAGGGCCAGGACGACUCGGGCAAGUACCAGGAGAUCAAGCGACUGACGGGCAUGAGCCUGAAAGAGAUUCGCUCGCUGCUCACAAAGGGUCUCGUCACCCGCUGGGUCGCCAACCAGACCCGUCUGGGCAAGGUCCGCAGCACCUCGGUCGUGGCCAUUGCCGGUAACGGCAACGGCCGUCUUGGUCUCGGCAUGGCAAAGUCCACCGAGCCCGGUGUCGCUGAGGAGACGGCGCAGAUGUUGGCCAUCCGCAACAUGAAGCCCAUCCGCCGGUACGAAAACCGCACCAUCUACGGCAACGUCUCGGCCAAGGUGUCGGGCACCGUUGUUGAGCUGAUGGCCCGACCUCCAGGCUUCGGACUCCGUGUCCCCCACCGCAUUUUCGAAAUGUGCCGAGCGGCGGGCAUCCACGACAUGGCUGCGCGUAUGCCGCGGUCCAAGAACCCCAUGAACUCGGUCAAGGCGGCGUACCAGGCGCUGACGAACCAGCCUGACCCGGAGCAGAUCGCCAUCGGCCGGGGCAAGAAGCUGGUGGAUGUGCGGAAGGUGUACUAUGGCGGAGCUGUAUAUUAA